CCAACAACCAUAUUUUGAAUACUGCUAAUGAAAAAUUAACAUGCUCUUCCGCCCUCCCCCACCAAAAAAUGCUAAAUGAGGAUGAGCCUAUCAGCGUACUGUCUAAUCCUUAUCGAUAUUCGUCUGCUCCUUUACUUUUCCGCACGCGAUUCGUCCGGGAUAAUAAAAAAAGCAAAUUAGGCUGGGCCAACCACAUCAAAUAAUUUUUUUCUAAAGGUUGAGCAAGACCACACUAAUAAAAAAUUUUUCUUCGACCUAAGAACCGGGCACCAUUUCUUGUGCCCAAACUCGAACAAAUAAAAAAAUUCAACCAAAAGCAACACCGUUGCUUGCUUCCUUUUUGUUUUCUUUUUCUGCAUCUCCAAACCUCACAAGAACCCUACAUUUUUUAUUAUAUCAACUCCCACCAUAUUCUAUCACAUUUAAUACUUAUUCACAACCCCAGAUCACACAUUCAGACACCAAAAACAUAAUCAACACAUACACAAUGAGCACCAACAAAGUCAUCCAAGCAUUUAAGAGCUCCGUUCUUAUUGAAAAGCCGCGAAUCAACGCUGAACUGACUCUGGACAAGAAGCUCAUCCUCGACGUGCUUCUUCUGAUAAUUGCCGGCGGCAGCAUCGGCAUCCAAGGCUCCGUCAACGGUUCCAUGUCCAUCCACGUCAACGGUGGAUUCUCUGCUUGGCUCACCUUCGCCAUGGGCUCCUUCAUUCUCUUUGUCUGCUUUAUGAUUGAAACCCGCGGUGGCAAAUCUAUCGACUGGAGGAACGCCUUUAAGACUGCCCCGUGGUGGUGCUGGCUUGGCGGGAUCCCCGGAGCUGCGUUUGUCCUGUUUAUUACUUUGUUCAUUCCUUAUAGGGGCGCUGCUGUGGUUAAUGGUAUUACGAUUUGCGCGCAGAUGCUUAUUUCGCUGAUUGUUGAUAGUUUUGCAUUUUUCGAGUGCAAACACAGGCCAGCGACUAUUCCUAGGGCUAUUGGCAUGUGCCUGCUUAUUGCUGGCGUGCUCAUGGUCGCUCUUGGUUAAAGAAAUUUUUGUUAAUUUUUUUUAACAAUUCUAAUUGAUAAAAUACUCUAGUCUUUACUUUCUUCAAACGCACCGCCCCCACCUCUCACUCCAGUAUUUUGCUGUGUAUAUUUUUAAACUUUUUUCUAAUCUUUAUUGCAUCUAUAACAAA